CGUAGUCCGCGGGCCUUCGUCGGCUCUGAGGGCGGGCCGAGGCAGCCAGAGGAGGGAGCGGGCCGGGGGCUCCCUGUUGCCCUGGUUACGCCGAGGCACGUGUGCAGUCCCGGAAGCGGCUCCGGGAAGCUGCCCAGCGCGCGCAGUCGGAGGAAGCGCAGCCCGGUCCGCUGGGGUCGGGUCCGGCUGGGCCAUGGAGCCGUUGCCUGAGCCCGCGCCCCGGCCCGGACCCCGCUGUCUUCUGCUUCUCUCCCUGCUACUGUUGCUGCUGCUGCUACUGCCGGCCCCGGAGCUGGGCCCGAGCCAGGCGCAAGCCGAGGAGACCGACUGGGUUCGACUCCCCAGCAAAUGCGAAGUGUGUAAAUACGUUGCCGUGGAGCUGAAAUCAGCUUUUGAGGAAACCGGCAAGACCAAGGAGGUGAUCGACACAGGCUAUGGCAUCCUGGAUCGGAAGGCUUCCGGAGUCAAAUACACCAAGUCCAUUUCAGAGCCCCCAGACCAGAUGACCUAUCUUCCUUCCAGCUCUGACUUCCCUUUGCCCCUCUCGUGCUGCUGUCUCUGCAGGGACUUACGGUUAAUCGAAGUCACUGAGACCAUUUGCAAGAGGCUCCUGGACUAUAGCCUGCACAAGGAGAGGACCGGCAGCAACCGGUUUGCCAAGGGCAUGUCUGAGACCUUUGAGACACUGCACAACCUGGUCCACAAAGGGGUCAAGGUGGUGAUGGAUAUCCCCUAUGAGCUGUGGAAUGAGACCUCUGCAGAGGUGGCUGACCUUAAGAAGCAGUGCGACGUGUUGGUGGAAGAGUUUGAGGAGGUGAUCGAGGACUGGUACAGGAACCACCAGGAGGAAGACCUGACUCAGUUCCUCUGCGCCAACCACGUGCUGAAGGGCAAGGACACCAGUUGCCUCGCAGAGCAGUGGUCCGGCAAGAAGGGGGACACAGCCGCCCUGGGAGGGAAGAAGUCUAAAAAGAAGAGCGGCAAGGUCAAGGCCUCGGGCAGCGGCAGCAAACAGAGGAAGGAGCUAGGUGGCCUUGAAGAAGACCCCAGCCCCGAUGAGGAUGAGGGCAUCCAGAAGGCAUCCCCCCUUACACACAGCCCCCCGGAUGAGCUUUGAGCCUAACCCAGUGCCCCCUGUAUCGUGACCCCUGACCUGGAAGCUGAAGAAUCUGGGGCACAGCUCUGGCAGGCAGAUGGCUGUCCCUCUCCAAGUCCUCCCUGCCGUGCCGGCUUCCUGCCGGGAAAGACACAGGGCCAGGGAAGAGCUCAGAUCAGCUGCCGUCAGCCUACCGACCUCCUCCCUCUGCCAAGCGGCUGUCCUGACCCAGGCUUCAGGCAGGCCAUGCGAUUUCACACCUGCUAAGGACUCCAGUAUGAACUCCGGAGGGGCAGGUGUGGAGAGGGCACCCGGCCUUCACCUCCCCUCACUCCUUCCCAGCAGGGAAGCAAGACUACAGGCCUCCCCACCCCUGCUUAUCCCCUCCUGUGGACACCUUGCACUCUGCCCGGCCCUCCCCAGGGCUCACAGAGUAAAAACCUUUUGGCCUUUUUUGUUCUGAUUUUUGAGUCCCCUCCAGCUCCUCAGAGGGGCCUGGAGUCCCAGUUGCUCUCCUCCCCCUCCCCUUCCAGCGCAGGGGGGCCAAGGGUGGAGAGGCGGCUCCCAUCCCCCAUUAUUGAGGCUGGGCCUGCCAGCUGUGGGGGGCAGCAAGUGCCAGGAGGGCCCAGGUUGUUUUGGGGUGAGGCUCAGGACUGGGCUUUGGCCCUGCCCCUCAGCUGCCUUUGGACUCCCUAAGCUCCCCAGGCCAGGAGGGGCCUCACUUGUGCCCUGGCCACCUGGCUGGGCUCCCACUGCCUCUCCUCUCUCGCCCAAGGCCUUCGCCUUUUUUGUGUAAACUGUUUACUGGUGACCCCGCCAGAUCCCACCCCUCCUUCCCACCUCAUCUGCCCUACUUGUUGGUCUUGAACCUUGUUCCCUGAUGACCACAGCUGGUCACUCUGCUCUUCCUAGCUGUUGUGCCUGGAGUCUGGAGGGGAAGACACCCCAGCCCCCCAACAACAGCUGGUUACACAACGUUCUCUGGGUGCAGGGGAAGAACAGGAAGGCUGGCCUCUAGGGAGAAGGGGUGGGAGGCCCAGGCACCUCCGCAUUCUGUCCUGAGGGCAGGGAUCAGGCCCUCAGCGAUAGUGAGGACAGCGGCACGCACUCCCAGGGCUUUAACUUGAACCCUAACAACUCUUGGGGGUGGGUGCCAUUAGCCUCAUUUUGUAGAAGGUAAAAUUGAGGCUCAAAUUAAGUGAAGUGCCCAAGGUCCUGCCGUUAGUAAGUGUGCAGCUGGCACGACUCUGGGUCCAUUGUAUUUCCCCUACCCUGAAGCUGCCAGCUCCUUCACCCAACACCCAGCACUGGCAGUGUGAUCCACACUGAACUGGUUUGGUUUCUUAGCCAGAACUCCACCCUUACCAGCAUGCCUCUUUUCAAAGGAAAGGAGGAGGCUUCUUAGGAGGAGACGAUGGCAGAAUGUCCUGCCAGCGUGGCACCCCCACCAGGUGCCCUGUGGGUACCCGCACAGACUCUGUGCUUCUGGCUUGGGCCUGCUGGGCCGGGGGAGAUGCACUGCCGUAGUGCCGCAGACUCUGGCUCUGGUGAAAUGUUCCAGGGCCUGAACUGGGGGUGUGGGGCCCCUCGUAGCCUGGGCUCAGGCCCACUUCUCCCCUGAGUUGGGGCAGCCAAGGUCACAGAGGGUGGAGGAAACGGAAAAAUUUUCUUCCGGCUGGUGAGGCUUCCAACAGGUCCUUGGAGGAUGAUGCUUUUUUGCAUCAGCCCCUCUGCCCCCACCCAUCUCCAGGACCGGUAUUGCCCCCUGUUGAAGGGGCUGUGGGCAGUGAGAGUCCAGUCGAGACUCAGGUCCCACCCAGGACUUUGUUCAAGGGCUGGAGCCCAGGGCUGGGGAACAGUUUGCAGCCCCCCUGGACUGUCCAGGAUUUCAUGGCUAGUCUCUGAUUCCCCCAUUAUGUCACUGACCCACAGCACCUCCGUGCCUGCCUUACAUCAGUCCCUAGAGCUUCAUUGGUCCUUAAAGUAGGAUGAGACAAGACCUGUCCCCUUACUGGGGUGUUGACCCAGUGGCCCAAUCCAGACCCAGUCCCAGACCAGAGGGCAGACAGUGCUGUGACUGCUUUGCUCUUUGACCUGUGGCUGCUGCAUGAAUAGCACCUUGUUCCUCCCCCACCACCACCCACAAGGCCAAGCAGGUUGCACACACUAGCUCUCCACCCACCCACCCCAGUAAGCAGCCUCUCCCUCCCCCCCACCCCCCACCCCGCCCCCAGCCUGGAAGAGCCAGAGGCAAGAUCCAGCUUUCCAGGUUUUUCUUUUUCUCUCCCCACCACACCUACAAGCCUUUCCGAACUUGACUAUGCCCUCCACUCUCCCACACCCCUUCUCUCCAUAAGAUGAGGGGACUGGCUGAGCUGGAGUUAAUCUGAUUUUAGUCCCUUAAUUAGAAAUCCUGUUAAAACAGGGUUUCCUAAACUCACCUGAACAUGAAAAGUCACAUGGAAUGGUGGUUAAACAUACAGAUGUCUGGGCCCACCUGAUUUGCUAGGUUGGAGACCUGGAAGUCUGCAUGCUUAACAAGCCUCUCUCAUGGUUCUCAAGAUGAGGCCAGCUGGACCCCACUAUACCAGGAGAAACAGGGUGUCUUGCUAAGAGGGGAGAGGGCCUCAAUGAAAUCACAAGGUCAGUGUCUUGCCCUCAGAAACACAACUUGUCGGAACCCCAGAAAGGAUCUGUCUCUCAGCCAUCAUCCAGAACCACAAAGGCCGAUGGGCAAACCAGAAAGCAUUUCUUUCACUUCCAUGAUUAAAAGAACCACAGGCCCUGGUAGUGGAGUCUCAGGGGUUGGGGCUCUGUAGUCUCAGGGGCGGCUGCACAAGGACUGUAUUUUAGAGGACAAUCGCUAGGAAGUUUCUUCAGCUUCCUAGUUCCUGGGUGGUAUUUCCAUGCAGCAUCUUUUUGCAGGUUAGAAAAUGGUGCUCUUCACACCUUUGACUUCCGUCUGUCAGAAAGUUGUCUUAAUGUCAGUUUUGUUAGAAUAAGAGACUGACUACCAGGAUCCCGCCAGAAAAUAAUAAAUUUACAAACCCAUGAAUGGCAGUCCCUUAAAUCUGGAACCUUUGUGUGGUAUCCAACUGCCCUGCAUCAUUUCUGUUCACAAGUGUGAGCAAAUGCCUCUUCUUUUUUUUUUAAUCUCAAUUUUUUAAUCAUAUUAUUUUAGAGAGAGAGAAUCUUAAGCAGUCUCCACACUCAGCACCGGAGCCCAAUGCAGGGCCCGAUCCCCUGACCCUGGGAUCAUGAGUUAAGCUGAAACCGAGUCUGAUGCUCAACCAACUGAGCCACCCAGGAGCCCGAUUAUUAUUAUUUUUUUUAAUCUUAAGGCAUGCUUUUUGCUACAGAUGCAUGGUCCAAACCUAAGUGGUUUAUAGGAGGGCUCUGUGUACUAAUCCUAGCAGCAGAGCCAGUUGAAUCUCUCUUAAACAUCCUCUGAUGGCCUAGUUUGCUCUAGUAAGGAGUUUCACUGGAAUAAUAGUAACCACUAUUUUUUGAGUGCUUACUAUGUGACAAACACAGUUGUACAUGCUUUACAUAAUUAUUUAACACUACUAUGAUCUCAAGGCCAUGGAUUUCUAAAAACUCAAAGUACAGAAAAGUGCUUACAGCUCAAUGAGUUUUUACAAACUGAAAACCCAAGUCAUCUGCACCCAGCACAUGAAACGUUAUUACCAUUGCCCCCUACACACACACACACACACACACACAGGGAAUGUCAUCUAUUUUGUUUACUGUUGUAUCCCCAGCACUUAGUAUAGUGGAUGGCACAGAAUAGCUGCUUAAUAAAUACCCAUUGAAUGAAAGGUUAAAUAACUUGCCCAAGGUCACACACGAGUGGCCCUAGCAGGUUAUGAGCACAGGCGGAAUGGCUUCAGUGUCCUGAGGCAGAGCCAUGAGGCCACAGUACCCUGGAGCUAUGGGUUGGCUUAGGGCACCAUCCGCCUCUUACAUGGCUCUCUUCUAGAAGGCAGCCCAGCUAUGCAGUCUGCUAGUCUAUGUCUUCCAAGUUCAACAUGGGGAAUGCAAUUAGGAGCAAGACAACUUUCAAGUCUCUCCCUUUUCAGAGUUUACUGUUGCAUAUAGGUGAAAGCCAGCUUGACCCUUAUGCUGCCCUCAAGGGCUGGAUUUUUUUUUUUUUUUCAGUAAUCUCUACACCCAACAUGGAGUUCAAACUCACAACCCCAAAAUCGAGAAUCACAUGUUCUACCCAUUGAGCCAGCCAUGCACCCCUCAAGGGCUGGCUCCUGUUUACAAUUUCUUUCUUUUUUUUUUUCAAAAAUUUUUAAUGUUUUUUUUUAAUUUUUUUUUUUUUUAACGUUUAUUUAUUUUUGAGACAGAGAGAGACAGAGCAUGAACAGGGGAGGGUCAGAGAGAGGGAGACACAGAAUCUGAAGCAGGCCCCGGGCUCUGAGCUGUCAGCACAGAGCCCGACACGGGGCUCGAACUCACAGACUGUGAGAUCAUGACCCGAGCUAAAGUCGGACGCUCAACCGACUGAGCCACCCAGGCGCCCCCAAAAAAUUUUUAAUGUUUUAUUUAUUUUUGAGAGAGAGAGACAGAGAGACAGAGAGAGUAUGAACGGGGAGGGGCAGAGAGAGAGGGAGACACAGAAUCCGAAGCAGGCUCCAGGCUCUGAGCCGUCAGCACAGAGCCAGACGCAGGGUUUCGACUUGUGAACCACAAGAUCAUGACCUGAGUUGAAGUCAGACACUUAACCGACUGAGCAGCCCAGGGGCCCCCGCUGUUUACAAUUUCUUGAAGAGGAAUCCAACGUUACUCAUUCUUCCUUUAAAAUUGUGCUCUCCAUCUACUAAGGUUGUACAGGCCAAGAGAACUUAAGCUUCCUUUAACACGAUCGUGACUGUUUGUAAGGAAGUGUUGUUGCCCAUUGAGAGGAGAGAGAAGCAGGCUGACUCCGUCACCAGUUCCAAGGGCAGCAACACCUCCUCCCACCACCAAUCACCCCAAAAGAUAAAAGGUUCUCAGCCCAAAAAGGGGAAGAAAACAAAAAGACACUCAAAAAGCUAGAUUUUUAUCUUGUUCAGAAUUACGCACCAAAGUGUCUUGGUGUUUUACCGUUCGUCUCAUCCAGACAUGAUGGCAUGUGUAAAUCGCCUGUCUGAGCAGUGCUUAGUUAGCAUGUUGCCAGGGCUCAAAUAGUAUAUCAUUUUCCUGUGGAAGAGUACAGCUCAGUGAGCAGAUUGGUAUACACAGAAGAGAUCUUAUUGGGCAUGAGCACACCUUACAACGGCUUUUAAUAGUGUGAAAUGAUCAAAGGAAGCCUCUCUUCUUACACAUUGGUGGAAUUCUUACACCAUUAGUUAGUGCUGCAAUCCACUGAUGUAGGGACCAAUUCUACACUCACUUAACGGGACUUUUUUUUUUUUUAUGUACUUAAAACAUUUUUUUAAUUUUUAAAAAGACUGUGGUAAACUACCCAUAAAUAUAAAAUUUACCGUAUUAAUCUGUCUUAGUGUAGAAUCCAGUAGCAUGAAGCACAGUCACAUUGCUGUGCAACCAUUCUCCAGACUCUUCAUAUCUUACAAAACAGAUACUCUGUACCCACUGAAAACUCCUCCUUCUCCCCUCCUUGAGGCUCUCCUCACCACUGACCCACUUUCUGUCUCCAUGACUUUGACUACCCCAGAUAUCUCAUACAAGUGGAAUCAUACAGUACUUACCUUUUUUAUCAAUGGCUUAUUUCACGCGGCACAAUGUCUUCAAGGUUUAUUCAUGUUGUUUUUGUUUUGUUCUGUUUUGUUUAAUUUACAUUCAAGUUAACAUAUAAUGCAAUAAUGAUUUCAGGAAUAGAAUCCAAUGAUUCAGCACCUAUGUUUAACACCCAGUGCUUAUCCCAACAAGUGCCCUCCUCAAUGCCCCUUGCCCAUUUAGCCCAUCCCCCCCCGAAAACCCCUGCAGUAACCCUCAGCUUGUUCUCUGUAUUUAAGUCUCUUAUGUUUCCCCCCUCCCUGUUUUUAUAUUAUAUUUGCUUCCCUUCCCUUAUGUUCACCUGUUUUGUAUCUUAAAUGCCACAUGAGUGAAGUCAUAUAUGUCUUUCUCUAAUUUCGCUUGGCAUACAUAAUACCCUCUGGUUCCAUCCACAUUGUUGCAAAUGGCAAGAUUUCGUUCUUUUUGAUUGCCGAGUAAUAUUCCAUUGUGUAUAUAUACCACAUCCUCUUUAUCUUUUCACCAGCUGAUGGGCAUUUAGGCUCUUUCCAUAUGUUGGUUAUUGUUGAUAGUGCUGCUAUAAAUAUUGGGGUGCAUGUGCCCCUUCGAAACAGCACUCCUAUAUCCUUUGGAUAAAUACCUAGUAGUACAAUUGCUGGGUCAUAGGAUAGUUCUAUUUUAAAUUUUUUGAGGAACUUCCAUACUGUUUUCCAGAGUGGCUGCACUAGUUUGCAUUCCCACUGGCAGUGCAAAAGGGUUCCUCUUUCUCUGCAUCCUCGCCAACAUCUGUCAUUGCCUGAGUUUUAACAGGACUUUAUUAAAGCAGAUUAAGUCUUGGGGCGCCUGGGUGGCUCAGUCGGUUAAGCAGCCGACUUUGGCUCGGGUCAUGAUCCCGUGGUCUGUGAGUUCGAGCCCCACGUCGGGCUCUGUGCUGACAGCUCAGAGCCUGGAGCCUGUUUCAGAUUCUGUGUCUCCCUCUCUCUGACCCUCCCCUGUUCAUGCUCUAUCUCUCUCUGUCUCAAAAAUAAAUAAACGUUAAAAAAAAUUUUUUUUAAAAAAGCAGAUUAAGUCUUAUAUGGUAUAUUAAAGAGUCCAAAAAGGGAUCCAUUGUGAUAUAUCUGCUAACAGAGUCCAUGUGGGUGGGUGGCUUCCCUCCUCUCCCCCCAACAUUCCAGUGUUCCAUCUGGGUAGAUGUGGUCAGCAGAUGAGAGAGAGAGAGAGAGAGAGCGAGAGCGAGUGCACUGGCACAUGUGCGUAUGUGCACACACGUGCAAGCAGGGGAGGGGCAGAGAGAGAAAGGGAGAGAGAGAAUCGCAAGCAGGCUCUGCACUGUCUGCACUGAGUCUGACAAGAGGCUCAAAUUCAUGCACCAUGAGUUUGUGACCUGAGCUGAGAUCAAGAGUCAGACUGAGCCACGCAGGUGCCCCAUAGACAAGAGUAUUUUUCAGCACCUUGGACUGGAGUUUGGAAAUUAGCGUCCAUCAUCUGAAAAAUUAAUUUUACCUGUUCUGAAUCUAAACAAAAACAGGAUGUCCUCCAUUUGUAGUUACUGUACAUGCAUAGUUCACCAUUCUAGAAUUUUAAUGUGUCCUCAAAUUGGAAUAGCUUGGGAGUUUGUCUGGUUGCAGCCAUAUUCCCAAGCUAAAGUCUUUUUGCAAACAUCACACAUUUGGGGAUGAAGAAUUUACUCUUUUCAGCUAAUGUCAAAUAAGCACCACAUAUUAAAAAUAUCACAGGCACCUGGGUGGCUCAGUCAGUUGAGCGUCCAAAUUUGGCUCAGGUUAUGAUCUCACAGUUUGUGAGUUCGAGCCCCACAUUGGGCUUGCUGCUGUCAGCACAGAGCCCACUUCAGAUCCCUGUCCCCCUUUCUCUGCCCCUCCCCCACUUGCACGCGCGCGCGCGCGCUCUC